GGGCCGAAGAGGAGGAGCCAGAGGAGGUAUCUGCUGCAAGUUCCUGGCUGCUUCUGAGCUCACCCCAUCCUCCGAGAGGGAGGAGGCCCGAGUGGUGAUGCUGGUGCUGCCGCCGCCUGGACUGCUGGUACUCUAGUGGGGCUGGAAGGGUGGUUCCUUUUUGCACCAUCGCCAGCCAGAGACUGAGGGUGAAAAAAAGAAAUCCCAGCAGUCGCUGCUGAUGUUGGGUUCGGAGGCUGCAUCCGACUCGGUCACAAGGAAAAUGGAUUCAGUUUGCACCUCUCCCUCCUUUCAACAGCUUCUCCAGGUCUCCGCACGGGCUUCCAGGGCAGUGGCUAAGGAGACCUUACCAAGGACCACCACGCAGUAGAUGCUGAAACACCGCACUCCGGGAUAAGAAACGGGAACAUGGCAGCACCCGUGUGAAAGGACUUAAAAACCAACAGACUCCAUUUAGAAAGGAACAAUGUCCAAGAAAGGGCGAAAUAAGGGCGAGAAGCCCGAGGCGCUCAUCGUCGCCCUUCAAGCUGCCAAUGAAGACCUCAGGACCAAGCUCACAGACAUCCAGAUAGAGCUGCACCAAGAGAAGUCCAAGGUAUCGAAGCUGGAAAGAGAGAAGACUCAAGAAGUCAAGAGGAUCCGGGAGCUGGAGCAGCGCAAGCACACCGUCCUGGUGACCGAGCUCAAAGCCAAGCUCCACGAGGAGAAGAUGAAGGAGCUGCAGGCCGUGCGGGAGAGCCUCAUCAAGCAGCACGAGCAGGAGAUGGCGAGGACAGUGAAGGUGCGGGACGGGGAGAUCCAGAGGCUCAAGUCGGCGCUGUGUGCCCUCCGGGACGGCAGCAGCGACAAAGUAAGGACAGCACUCACCAUGGAGGCCCGGGAGGAGGCCCGGAAACUGUUCGAUGCGGAGCGCAUUAAGCUCCUCCAGGAAAUUGCGGACCUGAAAACGGCCAAGAAGCAGGUGGACGAGGCCCUCAGCAACAUGAUCCAAGCGGAUAAAAUCAAGGCCGGGGACCUGAGGAGUGAGCAUCAGUCCCACCAGGAAGCCAUCUCGAAGAUCAAGUGGGAGUCGGAGCGGGAUAUCCGGAGGCUGAUGGAUGAAAUCAAAGCCAAGGACAGGAUCAUCUUUUCCCUGGAGAAGGAACUGGAGACUCAGACAGGCUAUGUACAGAAACUCCAGCUGCAGAAGGAGGCUCUGGAUGAGCAGCUCUUUCUGGUCAAGGAAGCUGAGUGCAACAUGAGCAGCCCGAAACGAGAAAUUCCAGGGAGAGCAGGCGAUGGCUCAGAGCACUGCAGCAGUCCUUUAAAGCGCGUGCGGGAAACCGAAAAGCAGUGUAAACCUCUCCUGGAAAGGAACAAGUGCCUCGCCAAGAGAAAUGACGAGCUGAUGCUGUCCCUGCAACGCAUGGAGGAGAAACUGAAAGCUGUUACCAAGGAAAACUCCGAAAUGGUGGAGCUCCUCAGCCAGACACCUCCNNGUAAAAAAUUAAAAUCUCUGAAUGACCUCGAUCAAGCUAAUGAAGAACAAGAGACAGAGUUUCUCAAACUUCAGGUCAUUGAGCAGCAGAACAUUAUUGAUGAGCUCACCAGGGACCGAGAAAAGCUCAUCCGCAGAAGAAAGCAUAGAAGAAGUUCCAAGCCAAUUAAGAGGCCCGUUUUGGACCCAUUUAUUGGUUACGAUGAUGACUCCAUGGACUCAGAGACGUCAUCCAUGGCCUCAUUCAGAACAGACCGAACACCAGCUACUCCCGAUGAUGACUUAGACGAAAGUUUAGCAGCUGAAGAGUCUGAGCUACGAUUUCGACAACUAACAAAAGAAUACCAGGCCCUCCAAAGAGCGUAUGCCCUCCUGCAGGAGCAGACUGGAGGCAUCAUCGACGCUUUUUUCGGCUCCAAGGCUCAAGAACAGCUCCAAGCAGAGGUGCUAAGGUAUAAAGCCAAAAUUGAAGAUCUGGAAGCGACUCUGGCUCAGAAAGGGCAGGAUUCACACUGGGUAGAAGAUAAACAACUUUUCAUUAAGAGAAACCAGGAGCUUUUAGAAAAGAUAGAAAAGCAGGAGGCAGAAAAUCACCGCUUACAACAGGAACUGCAGGAUGCCAGAGACCAGAAUGAACUGCUGGAGUUUCGAAACCUAGAGCUAGAAGAAAGAGAGAGACGGUCCCCUCCAUUUAAUCUACAAAUUCACCCAUUCUCAGAUGGUGUGAGUGCUCUCCAGAUCUACUGUAUGAAAGAAGGUGUCAAGGAUGUGAACAUCCCUGAUCUCAUAAAGCAGCUUGAUAUCCUGGGGGACAAUGGGAAUUUAAGAAAUGAAGAACAAGUGGCCAUAAUUCAGGCCAGCACUGUGCUGUCCCUGGCAGAGAAGUGGAUCCAGCAAAUCGAAGGAGCAGAAGCUGCCCUGCACCAGAAAAUGAUGGAAUUGGAAAGUGACAUGGAACAAUUCUGCAAAAUCAAAGGCUAUCUGGAGGAAGAGCUAGACUACAGAAAACAAGCUCUGGACCAAGCAUAUAUGAGAAUCCAGGAACUAGAAGCUACUUUGUACAAUGCUCUGCAGCAAGAAACUGUUAUCAAGUUUGGCGAACUGCUGAGUGAGAAACAGCAAGAGGAGCUGAGGACGGCGGUAGAGAAGCUACGGCGGCAGAUGCUGAGGAAGAGCCGAGAAUAUGACUGUCAGAUCCUUCAGGAGAGAAUGGAGCUCUUGCAGCAAGCCCACCAGAGAAUCCGUGACUUAGAAGAUAAAACAGACAUCCAGAAAAGACAGAUAAAGGACUUAGAGGAAAAGAGUAACCGAAAACACGGAUAAAACCCCAGAGAGACAAAUGCUUCUAAACCUUCAAAGAUGGCAGAAAUGUUUACAGCAGUGAGAGAGAGAGAUCAAAAGCUAAGAACUACCCUGUAGCCAGGACUACAACUGUGUAUUUUAAAGCCAUUAUUCAAGGUUUCUUACUUGACAGUUCCUACAUGACCCUGGUGAAAAUCUACAAUAUAUGCUGCAUUUAAUGAAACGUGUACAUGUCAAGCCAGAAGAAAAGAACUAUAAACAUAUAUUGUGAAGGCAAAAAACAAAUCAACCGUGGAAACAGAUUCAGCAGAUCACACAAAGAUGUGUCUUGGGCAUGGAACCAAAGUUACAAAGAACCAUUCUACCCCUGCUGUGCAGGGGGGUCAUUUUAAUGUAACACCACACCCCAUGGAAACACUAGUCCUGAAAUAAACAUCAUUUAAAAAAAAUCAAAACAAACAACAGAAACUAGGGUGGGUGGGAAUGAAGCACGAGGAAUACCUAUGAGGAGCUAUUUACAAUAAAAUGUUUCGUUUGAAAAGUCUGGUUUCUUACUACAGGGAUUUGCUUUUUUGUCUUUAUUAUUGUUUAAAACUCAGGAACAGAGACCUCUGCCAUGUGAGUGGGAAGGAAGGCGCUCUCCGGUUGGUUUUUCUGCCAAAGGUGGAGCAGGUGGAGUGCAUCCCACAGCUGAGAGAUCUGAGUCGUGGCACACGGUGACCCCGACUGCCCCGGCGGCCAAGGCGGAGGACCUCGGCGAAUGGGACAUCAGACACAGAGCAGACUCGAUGCUUCCUUGACCUCCUGUCACACCUGUCUUGCUCCAGGAACAAGAGACUGAUCUCAUUCGUGUUGAAAAUGAAGAAGACGAUGCUCUCAGUCACUAGCUCCCCGACUUAGUUCUAUUUAUAAUACCAAUAUCUAUAGGGGACAUGGGCCAGAGAGCAUCUCUGAAUCUUUCCGUUUAACACAAUACUGGUUUUCAAAUGGCUGCUUAGAAUUGCCUGCAAAUAAAUGUCAUAUGAUUCCAGUAAAACCACCAUCGAGACAAGUAAACUUCUAACAACUUUUGAGUUUGCCACACAGGGAUGUGAAUAUAAAACUAAGUUAUGAUUGUUUUUUUAAAUGUCCUGAUAAGCCUCCAGGUCUUGGAUCUCUUGUCAGUUAAGUGGAUAACUUGUUUGUUUUUCCCAGAUUGCUGACAGCAACAAGAUAGCUCUACUUUUUUAUACAGAAGUAACAUUCUGUUACGGAUAAGGUUUGUUUUCUACCAGAGACAAUGAAAAGACUGGUCCUUUUCCUAAGUUAUGUAAUACCGAGUCUUGGACUCAGAUGUGAGAGCAAAUAAAUGUUCCUGAAAAGCUAAUUUUACACCUCACUUACUGUAGAUAACGAAACAGCCUCAAUUUUUCAAAUCGUCAAGGUGUUACUUACAGGGCUAGAGUUCCCAUGCCUAGAGAAUGUGUAUAGGGAGCCAGAACCUCUUUCUAUGAAAUACUUCCCAAGUCCUCCCACACGUGGGUUCAGUAUCUUAUUCUUCAGUUUUAGCGCUGGCGUUGUGAAAGCCAGCAAGUUACUGAAGAGUGUACAAGAAAAGCUGCAAUGCUGGGGUCCGCUUUUUGUUUUUAUAUUGACUGCUGACACAGGUAUCGUUGGCCCAGUCAUAUAACCUCUCUGUGCCUCAGUUUCCUCAUCUGCAAAAUGAGGUUAAAAAGCUUUUUUCAUGAAGUUUCUUUCUUGCAAUUCUGGAACAAGAGGUGCUUAAAGUAGCACAAAGUGCUCUGUAAUUACUCUGACUGCGAAUACUAUUUGACUUUCUUGUAUUGUUGAGAACGAGAGUCCCCUGUGUGAUAACAUAGUGCUUGGGUUGGGUUGGAUCUAAGUCCUGCAGCACUGAAGCCUUCCCAUCAAACCACCUGGGGCAAUCCUAGCGCUAAGGACUGAGAGGUCAGAGCCAGGGGCUGUAAUAACCCACAGGAAGUAGAUCAUCUCGUGCUAUUAUUGAGCAAGAUAGACGUGUGUGCCAUCCCAGUGAUGAGGAUCUUCUAGCUCUCCUCAUUGCGUAUGCAGGGCAGGAUACAAAACUCACUUUCUCAUCGGAGGGCCAGCCAUAAAAUGAAGGCUUGGAGUGAACUGAUAGCAUCACGUAAUUCAUCGGAUCACCCCUUCUAUUUUGGGGGAAGGUCUGGUGAUGUGUCCUACUGGGAAUAUAUAAGAUAACUAUCUUCAUGUUAUUUGUUCAAUUGGGUAGGUUCCGGAUUAAAUGUGAACAGUACAUUGGUUGUGCAGACGGUGUGAAAAAGGGUGCCCUCCAGCCUGUGACCAAACCCUUUCGAACCUCAAAAUGUAUGGGAGAGGAUAAAUUACCCUUCGUAUCUUCAACUUUUCUCUUUCACUGUCUUCAUUGCCAUUCCAGAGUCCAUCUGAGCAAAUUCAUACUCCACUUCCUCCAGCAAACCUACGUUCCUUCUCUUCAUCUUGCUUUCCCCACCAAGAAAUUUGUAGUUUAAAUUUGACUUCCAAGUACUGGCUAUGGUUUAAAUGAUGAGAAACAUUUGUAAAAAUAAUGUGGUUUAAUCAUAUAUGCGAUCUGCUAUGACUCAUUGCAUCACUCACACAAAUCACACAAGAGCAAUGACAUCUAAGCAGUUUUAGAUGUGCUUAGGGAAUAUGUUGCUUAAGAUCCAGGAAAUUAGCAAAUUUCUCUAUAUUGUAGGCUAACAGGUGAUAUGUUUGCCUAGUCUUACGAUCCUCAAAAUUAUUAUUGCAUAAGGUCAAAUAUUUUUAUAGGUACACCUCUCUGUUAUCCAUUUCCACAAUGACAAAAAAAACAUUUAGCAAAAUUGUAACUGUCUGAUAUCGUCACUCAUGGAUCCAUGGAAAUGGACCAUAUCUAAAUGAGUGCUGCCCUUUGUAAAUGAUGUUCAGAAAAAAGAGUGUCUUACUGAUAGAGGAAGGCUUACUGUGGUCCUACUCCUUACAAAGAACAGACAAUUCCCACGCAGAUCUUUAAUUUCUGCAUCUUAACUAUCCCACCACAUUUGACCAAUGGGUUAGCCAUCAGAACAGCAUUCUUCAGGGUCCAUUUACUUAAUUUUUCUUAAAAUAGUCAUCUCUUGGAAAAUAAAGAUAACCAACAAUACUAAAAAAUAGUUUGAGAUAAAAUAAAAGCCCAAAUUUAGCACAGUUAUUCAAGAGAGGAAAAUUUUUAUGGUAAAGGUGGAGUUGGGGGGUGGGGCGGGGGGAGGAUGGAAGACUAUAUUUGGCUAUAAUACUGGAAAGCAUCUAUUACUAAAUUGACCAACUUUUUUUAAUGUCACCCAAUUUUUGUUUUUGGAAACACUGGAAUUUGUUAAAAAUAAGUAUAAGAUCUCCUUUACCCUUUGUCAUAUAAGUGAAAUUAUUGCCAAUAGUGAGAUUUUAGGGAAGGAAGAAUAAAUUUCGCUUGAUUUUUCUUCUACUCAGAUAACUUCACACAGGUGAUGGGGUCUUCAGGAGGAUAGAGGUGACCCAGAGGGCUCAUGGGUCACCGCUGAAGCAGAAAGGGGACAUUCGUUCUCCACUAGGAAUAGAGGAAAUCAAGGCUUGUCAAGUAAUUUUUGCAACAGUAUUUCAUUUCAACUUACUGUGUUUUCAGUUGAAAAUACAUCUCUGGCAAAUGUGUUCCUUUUUGCCUACUAUUGUCAACAUUUUUUGUAAAACCACUGUGUAAUCUAUACGUUCAGUGUCUUCAAUGUAAUUCAUAAGGUUAUUGUUUGAAAAUGAAGCAAGUCUUUUAAACUUGCCUGGGUUUUUAUGGGUACUGUAAAAACACUAUUCAUCAGUAUUGUGUUGGUGUUUAAAUAAUUGGAUCAUGUGUGUUAUGUUACAUGAAAAUAGUUGGAAAGCAUAGACCGUUUAUUUUUUAAAUAUUUAAUUGCAUUUUUUCAAUCUGUCAAAGAGUGGCACAGAAAAUAUAUUUAUUUGCCUACUAUAUUGAAUAAUGUACCUUUCGAGGGGUCAGUAAUCAAAGCGAGUCUUAGAUGACUGUGUGUGUAAUGAGUUAAUGCUUCCAGAAUGGGCCAAUCCUUUCUAAAGGGAAAAAAGUAGGUCACAAGGUCUUGAGGGAUGAAAGCUUCCAUUCUGUUCAACUGCCUUGUCAUUUCCAUGUAACAUAUUGUCUUGAGAAUGAAUUUCAGGCAUCUCGGCAAGAGGAUUCAGACAUAAUAGAAGGUUGGCGUCGAUCCUCUAUGAUUCCAUUUGAGGACUGGGCAGGGCAAGAUUCACUUUCCUCUGCUGCCUUUAGUUCGGCAGUUUAGUGUUGUUGAGUCCAAUGUUCAAUCAAAAUGACUAAAGAUAGAGUUCAAGGGGCCAUGCUGCAGGAAUAAGAAGGAUAAUGUGCUGUACUCAACACGAAACUCAGAAGUACAAGUGGUUGAUGGUGCAAGGUUCCCUGUCUUCUUUGUGUUUUUGCAUUGAGGUCUCUGUGCCCGUGCUUAUAUUUCCAUCCUUAUUACAUCAAAGUUCUGUAGGGUGGGAGUGCUACAGAUAAACAACGUUGAGUCCAACUUUGCCUACACUCACGACUCCACAAACUUGCUAAAUUGUGGAUGUUGCAAUUUCCCAAAAGCAGAUGCACAAUAUCCCCCAAUAACAGCAAUCACUGAUUGGCAUCUCACAAAAUGUGCCUAUUCCCCCCACCCACCCAUUAACCAUAAUAAUGAGGCAGAUCAAAAUCUAAACACUUUUAUAAAUAUGUGAUGUACAUGUAUAUACACACAUAUAUAUUCUGUACAUAGUAUGAUGGUGCGAGUGCUUCCUACGUGUGUGCUUCUGUCCUGGGUUGAGGUGUUAAGGAAGGGUUUCCCCCCUGCUUCUGGGUAACUCAUGUUUUUGUUUGGCAUCUGCUGUCUGUGCUCUUCCCCUCCUUGCCUGCUUCCCUCCCUCCUCCCCAUCUUCUUUUCAUUACUACUAUUCCCCGCUGUUGACGGAGACAAAGAUCUGCUUAUUGGUUCUUUUUACGCAGGCCCAUAAACCAGCCUUGUAGUGACGCCGAUGGUUUUCUGGGAAGAGCAACAGAAAGCCCAACACAAUCUACAGCACUAAUAUUAGCCAAAAGUCUCAUAGGUUUAUCAGUUAAAAACCCCAUUUGCAGAAGGGUUCAUGCAUGUUUAAACCUUCAAGAUCCAAUUCUGUGGGAACUCAAGUGUAGAGCCAGUGUAUUUGCAUACACAACUCCCCAGGUGUCUACUGUAUACAUGUAGCCAGGGGGCCAAUUUCUCAGAGCUUUCCUACAAUCAACUGCCUCCACGGGGUUCUUUCUCUCCAUCGCAUUAGCAUGACUCCAUAUAUUGCUUCAGUGCUUGUUUACUAACAGGAGAAAAACAUAAAUGGACUGAGUUUCACCAGAAUGAUCCUCUGAAGUCACUGAAGAGAUACAUGUGUUGUAUGCAUUACUAUAGAGAUCAGAAUCAGCUUAUUGUAUGUAAAAUUUUAUGAAUGGUUAUUUUAUAAUUUAUGUAUUUAAUAUAGGAAUUGAUGAGCUCUGGUGUUUUAGUUUCUAUACAAAUAAAACAAGCUGCAUUUUUUAAAA